UUUCUUAAAAUUGUAUUUUUUCCUUAAAAUAAAGUAACCCAGGAGUGCGCAGCAGUAGCAGGUACUAUAUAGGUACUAGCAUUUGCCGCUUGGUAUUUAGUAGCUACACCUGCGUACGGUAUGUACCAAAGUGAUCCGUGCCGGAGCUGUCGCCGCUCUCCAUGUAGGAAGCGAAGGGGCACAUGAAACUGGUACAGCCAUAGUGUUCCAUCCGAGGAGGGGGAAUGUGUUCGUGCUAUGCCUGUACAGCUGCGAAAUAAAGGAAGGCUGAGCGGCACAGCCAUAGAAUACAAUCAGAUACGAGCGUGUGCAUCCGAAUAAACCUUGCAGCUUUUAGGUUCCCCCAGCCCUGAGGUGCGUGUGGGAAAGGCUGCGCGUCUACCUUAUUCUGUGCUCACAAAAGCAAAGCCUUUCUCUUCUGUCCUGAACCAUGUUAUUCAAAUAGGCGCUAAAGGAAGGGAGGGCGGCAGUAGGCUCAAGAGCAUCACAAAAAUCACGCAAUGAAGAUGGCAAUGAUGAAGUGAAAGGGCUCCCGUUGUAAGGUCCCUGCCUUGCCAAGCCUCCGCCUGCCCGAGUGGCUGCCUGGCGGUGGGAGGAGCUGAGUUGUGUGGCAGCAGAAGCCUGAGAGAGCCAGGCUGGGAUGCAGCUGGGGACACAGUGCAUGUGCUGUACGGGGGACCCGAGGUGGCUGCUGCUGCUGCUGGAGGCAAUUUGAGCCAGACACAGACGAGAGAAGGGGCCACCUUGUCCCCUGACUGGGGAGGUGGGGGAGACAGAAUCCUGCGGUUGCCCACUUUGCUAAUCUCUGCCCGCUGUGAUGCUGCUGGGCACGAAACCUUCCCGGUUGGACCUGCUGCUCCUUACUUGCAUCCUGCUCAGCCGAGAAUCUGGUCUAACGUUAGGAUUUAUGUCAAAAGACAAGUUCCGGAAAAUGUCUGAAGGCCAAUCAUCUUUCACUCAGCAGCCACAGGACCAAGUAGUGGUAGCUGGGCAACCAGUCAGCCUCCUCUGUGCCAUUCCAGGUUACCAUGGGCUUUUACUCUGGAUAAAGGAUGGACUAGCCAUAGGAGUAGGACGAGAUCUUUCUGGUUAUCCUCGCUAUUCAGUUGGCGGUGACCAUUUGUCUGGAGAACAUCAUUUAAUGAUUCAACGAGCAGAGCUCCAGGAUGAUGCCAUGUAUGAAUGUCAGGCAAUCCAGGCAGCUAUCCGAUCCCGUCCAGCCAGGCUUACAGUACUGGUUCCUCCUGAUGAUCCAGUAAUUACCGGUGGACCAGUAAUUAGCAUCCGAGCUGGUGACCCACUAAAUCUGACUUGUCAUGCAGACAAUGCAAAGCCAGCAGCUACCAUUACCUGGAUGAAGAAUGGAGAGGUCUUAAAUGGAGCAACAUAUUACAAGACUCUGCUGCGGGAUGGAAAGAGAGAAAGCAUAAUCAGCACACUCUUUGUAUCAUCAUCAGACAUAGAAAAUGGUCAGACCAUUACAUGUCGUGCAACGAAUAAAGCUGUACCUGGAGGAAAGGAAGCAACAGUAACAAUCAACAUCCAACAUCCACCUCUGGUCAAUCUAACAGUAGAGCCACAACCUGUCUUGGAGGAUAAUGUGGUGAAGUUCCAUUGUGCAGCAAAGGCAAAUCCUGCAGUCACUCAGUAUCGGUGGGCAAAAGGUGGCCAGAUUCUCAAAGAGGUGACGGACGAAACCUAUGAAACUGUUGUUGACUUUUCCUUCUUCACUGAGCCAGUGUCCUGUGAGGUUACAAAUGCCUUGGGCAGUACAAAUGUCAGCAGAACUGUGGAUGUAUACUUUGGGCCUCGAAUGUCAUCAGAACCAGAAUCUAUCACUGUAGACCUUGGAUCAGAUGCAACAUUUCACUGUGCUUGGAUCGGUAACCCUUCACUCACUAUUGUAUGGAUGAAGCGUGGCUCGGGCGUGGUACUCAGUAAUGAAAACACGUUAACAUUAAAAAAUGUUCGGCAAGAAGAUGCUGGGAAGUAUGUCUGCCGAGCUGUGGUGCCACGUGUCGGUGCUGGGGAGCGAGAUAUCUCUCUGACAGUAAAUGGUCCUCCAAUCAUCUCCAGCACACAGACUCAACAUGCACUGCAUGGGGAAAAAGGGCAGAUCAAGUGUUUUAUCCGCAGCACUCCACCUCCAGACCGAAUAGCCUGGUCAUGGAAAGAGAAUGUUCUAGAAUCAGGGACAUCUGGACGAUAUACUGUAGAGACAGUUAGCACAGAUGAGGGUGUUAUCUCAACUUUGACCAUCAGCAAUAUAGUGCGAGCUGACUUUCAAACAAUCUACAACUGUACUGCAUGGAACAGCUUUGGAUCUGACACAGAAAUUAUUCGUCUUAAAGAGCAAGGUCCGAACAUGCAGUCAGGAACGAGUAUGGAACCAGAGUCUGUGCCAGUUACUGUCAUUAUCGGGGUUGCGGUAGGAGCUGGUGUGGCAUUCUUGGUUCUCAUGGCAACCAUUGUUGCAUUUUGCUGCGCACGGAACCAAAGGAAUCUAAAAGGAGUGGUAUCAGCCAAAAAUGACAUACGUGUUGAAAUUGUACACAAAGAACCAUCCACAGGGAGAGAGACAGAGGACCACUCGACAAUCAAACAGCUAAUGAUUGACAGAGGUGAAUUUCAGCAAGACUCUGUUCUUAAACAGUUGGAAGUCCUAAAAGAAGAGGAGAAGGAGUUCCAGAAUUUAAAGGAUCCCACCAAUGGCUAUUACAGUGUCAACACUUUUAAGGACCACUCUACUCCAACUAUCUCUCUCUCCAACUGCCAGCAAGAUCUUCGGCCUGCCAACAAGCAAAGAGUUCCCACAGGAAUGUCUUUUACCAACAUUUAUUCCACACUGAGUGGCCAGAACCGUCUAUAUGACUACAGCCAACGUUUUGUCCUGGGUAUGGGGAGUAGUUCCAUUGAGCUUUGUGAGCGUGAGUUCCAGAGGGGCUCCAUGAGUGAUAGCAGCUCAUUCCUGGACACUCAGUGUGACAGCAGUGUCAGCAGCAGCGGAAAGCAAGAUGGAUAUGUCCAGUUUGAUAAGUCUAGCAAGGCGUCUGCAUCCUCUUCCCACUACUCACAGUCAUCCUCUCAAAACUCUGACCCAAGCAAGCCACUUCAGAGGCGAAUGCAAACACAUGUGUGAAAUACACUACCUGGGGCUCUUUAUGAAAGAUAUGGGGAGCAGAGGGCAGGGUAAGGAAACCAACGCGGGAUGGCACUUGUCCAUACUGAGGAAAAAGACUUCGGACAUUUUGAAGCCUACAAGAAAGGAACUGGCCUCUGUCUGAAAUAUUUAUUUAGUUUUAUAUUUAUAUGAGGAGAGGAUCUUCCUAUUGUAAAAAGCACUUUGUUCAAUGGAGUACAACAAGCCAUGGUUCCAUUAUUAAGUUGAGUGUUAACAGAAACAUUUUAUAAACUACUCCCCAAAAUGUAAAAUAUUAAUAAAGCUGAGCUCCUAAUUAUUGCUGGAGCAGUGGACGAUGUUUGUUUGAAUUAGGAAUCUAGCCAUUAGCAAGCACAAUGUUCAUGUAUUAAAACAUUAUUUAUAGAGUCAUAAAAGCCACUUAUAGGCAACAGAAAGCUAACAGAGCUUAUGACAAUGCCAAAACAAAAUAGAACGGGAACGUUAUGAAUGAAAUGCCCCAGGUCUUAUGACCAAUAUUCACAAGUCUGUUUUCUUUCAGAAAAAAAGAGAGUUUCAAAAUGGUGAAAUUUUCUAAAAUCAGCCAUUACUGAGGAAAGUAACUUUUCUCCAACAGUAAAGGUUUUGAGACAAACCUAUAUGUUUUAUAUAAUGAAAAAAUAUAUGAUAUAAAUGCGCAAGGAGCCAACAAAAUGCUGUAUAGAAUUGUUCCAGCUCUUUCUUAUUCUAGAUAAAUGAAGAGAAAAAUAUUAUCCCUCCAACAGAAGCUGCAAUUGGUGUAAGGCCCCGGCAGUGAAAAGGGCCCAUGGGAGCAAAUAAUUUGACUUUUCACAACAGAUAAGAUAUAAGUAUAAGAUAAUAGAUUUAUGAAAUUGUGCCACUGGAAAAUAGGUGGUGGGGCACAAUAAAGAUGGGGCCCUACACCCGAUUAUUUACCCAUUUUAUGUUUGUACUUCCAAAGCCUAGCAUCAUUUAAAAAGGAAUUAUACUUAAUUUGAAACAUUUGUUCAAUUCUUUUGAAGAAGUGUAUAUUUCCCUUAUAUCUCCUAAACAUAUGUCAGUGUCCUGAUCAAAACUCUGCUUCCCAAGGUCAAUCUCUUUUUAGGAAACAAAUAUGAUUGUCUUAUGUUUUAUUUAAUAAGAUCAUAUCAUGCUUGUCUCA